GGCAGCCUCAUUUACCUAGGAGGCGGGCUUCCUCCCGCGGGGAAUCCCUGCGCGCAGGGCCCUUCCUCUUGGCAGCUUCGGACGUGCAGCAGGUGCUGGCACAAGCCCUGGCUGGGACGUGGGGCUCGCUCGAGCAGGCCCGCGCGGGGGCUCGGGGUCGGUCAGCGGGCCGCCAGGGGCCCAGGAAUCCGGGAAGCUGCACCCCUGCGUCCAGGGGAGGAAUUGUCCAGCAGCAGGGUGCUUGGGGCCAGCUCGUUCUCUCUUUGUCCAGAGCCUUAUGUAAGAGCAUUUCUCGGGAAACAGGAAGUCCUGCUUGCCAAGUUCAGCACAGGGAGUAGCGCAGGCCUUAUUCCAACACACCCGGCCUGGCCUUAACCCCAGAACGCAGCCGGUUGCUUCUUGCUUCCGCGACCCUGGUUUUCCUCCUCACUGACCCCCUCCCCUCCUUUCCCACCUGCCGUCCCUCUUAGCAGCCGCCCCAGAGGUCUCGCCUGGGCCCUGGCCAGAGGGUCUUCCACGCUCACCCCCUGACGUCCACGCUGCCCAGCUUGCCCCUCCGUUCUGGCUCCUGGCACCAUGCCCCACCGCCAACCAACCUUCCCUCCCCCACUUCUGGGGCCGCCCCGGGGUUCCUGCGCUCUGGCCGCUCCUCCUGGGUGUCACUGGCAGCCCCGUGCUUCCUAGAGAGACUGACACUAAAUUCUCCUGAGGCUGGCGGAGGGUCUCGGGACAACACUGGCCCCGCAGCAGGGUGCCAGGAGCACCAACAGUGCCCUGAGCUUGCUUUCUGCCUCCGUCCUUUUCAUUCUCAAGUUCCUUUUUAUUUCUCCCUUGCGUAACGCCCUUCUUCCCUUCUGCACCCCCACCCUCCCGGUCACCUCCUUGCCACCCCACUCCUGAGCCCACAGCUGUUGGCAGGGUCCCCAGCUCAUGCCAGCCUCAUCUCCUUCCUUGCCAGCCCCUAAAGGGCCCCUGGGAGACAUGGCCCCCAUCCGAGAGCCGGCUCGCUCUGUUGCCCUCUGGUUGAGUUGGGGGGCGGCUCUGGGGGCUGUGGCUUGUGCCAUGGUUCUGCUGACCCAACAAACAGAGCUGCAAACCCUAAGGAGAGAGGUGACCCGGCUGCAGAGGUCCGGAGGGCCCUCCGAGAAGGGGGACGGGGAUCCGUGGCAGAACCUCUGGGAGCAGGAACAGAGCCCUGACGGCGCGGAAGCCUGGGAGAACGGGGAGAGAUCCCGGAGAAGGAGAGCCGUGCUCACCCGUAAACAGAAGAAGAAGCGCUCAGUUCUGCAUCUCGUUCCCAUUAACAUCACCUCCAAGGAGGACUCGGAUGUGACAGAACUCAUGUGGCAACCAGCUCUCAAGCGUGGGAGAGGUCUGGAGGCUCAAGGAUACUUUGUCCGAGUCUGGGAUGCUGGAGUUUAUCUGCUGUACAGCCAGGUCCUGUUUCACGAUGUGACUUUCACCAUGGGUCAGGUGGUAUCUCGGGAGGGCCAGGGAAGGCAGGAGACUCUAUUCCGAUGUAUUCGAAGUAUGCCCUCCAACCCCGACUGGGCCUACAAUAGCUGCUACAGUGCAGGUGUGUUCCAUUUACACCAAGGGGACAUUCUGAGUGUCGUGAUCCCCCGGGCCAGGGCGAAACUCAGCCUCUCUCCACACGGAACCUUCCUGGGAGUUGUGAAACUGUGAUUGUGUUGUAAAGGUGGUUCUGAGCUUGGAAGACCAGGGUGGGUACAUUUCGGAGACAGCCAAGAGCCGAGGAGACAAAGGACAGGGAACAGGCAGGAGGAGAGGCCUUUUCAGAGUUUGACUGGAACCCCAGGUUUGACAGCUCCUGACUCUCCCUUCCUCCCCCUGCUCCCCUCCCCCCGGGGGGGGGGUCUUUAAAUUCAUGGAUAUUAAAGAGACAGACUAUCGUU